UCAGUACACCAAAUCCCCUUUUCCCUUCUGCCUGCUGUGAGGGCACAUCCCAACCCUGGAGGAUGGGGCAGCUCACUGUCCCCAUGUCUGUGCCUGGACUGCCAGUUUCUGCCAGACCACGUCACAGAUGCCACUGUAAGAUCCUGGUCCCCACCUUCACCAGGGACUUAGGCCUGCUAGGAAAUUAAAUGUUUUCCUCCUCAGCACUCCUGCUCUCCACGGUGGCUCUGUCCAACCUUCUCAACAUGCAAAUCUCCAACUUUAUAGUCAGCUACGUCCCUGCUUGUCCCUCGCUGUCGGCAGACCAUCCUUUCACCACUAAUAAAAUGGUCAUUUCCAGGCUGUGCCCUCUUCUUCCCACUGCCCCUCUGCAAAUCUGCCCAUUCUUGGAUCCUUUCUUAUUUUUCUGUUGAUGGUGCAAAAAGUAUCCCCCUCACUUCCUGAAAAUCAGUUUCUCUCCCACCUCCUGUUUCCACCUCUGCCCUGGUGUUUCUUUAUCAUAAGGAUUUGCCAAUGCUCACGUCUUUCCCGUCUUAAAAACAGAAUACAAUGGACACCGUGAAACCCUUACCUUCCCUGAUGCCCUGCACUUUGGCUACUACUUUCUGUCUCCUUCCCUUUGAUGAAACGUCUGGAGAGGAUAUUCUCCUUUCUGGUUUGUACUUCGUUCCCUACUGCUGGAUGACAAAUUAUCAUAAAUGUAGUGGCUUAAAAUGACAUGCAUUUAUUAUCUCACCAUUUCUGUGGGUCAGGAAUCCAGGCCUAGCAUAUCUGAGUUCUGUGCUUCAGGCUGUGGUCCAUGGGUGUACAGGGCUGUGGUCUCAUCCGAGGCUCACCUGGGGAAGAAUUGCUUCUAAGCUCACGGAGGUUAUUGGCAGAAUUCAUUUCUUUGCAGUCAUGGGGCUUAAGUUGCCCUCUGUUCCUACGGGUCCCUGUACUUCAUGGUCCAUGGGGUUCCACUUACUUCAUGGCAGCUCCUGACAGCUGACGGCCCGUCUGAGGACAGUGACCUCAAGGACGCCUAUCUCAUUCCGAGAAACAUCAUGGCUGAGCCAGACUACAUGGAAGAUGACAAUCCGGAGCUAAUUAGGCCUCAGAAACUAGUCAAUCCUGUCAAAACAUCCCGCAACCAUCAGGAUCUUCACAGGGAACUUCUCAUGAAUCAAAAAAGGGGUCUUGCCCCUCAGAAUAAGCCAGAACUGCAAAAGGUGAUGGAAAAGAGAAAACGAGAUCAAGUAAUAAAGCAGAAAGAAGAAGAAGCACAAAAGAAGAAAUCUGACUUGGAAAUAGAACUAUUAAAACGGCAGCAGAAGCUGGAGCAGCAUGAACUUGAGAAGCAGAAAUUGCAAGAAGAACAAGAAAACACCCCAGAGUUUGUGAAGGUUAAAGGCAAUCUCAGGAGAACAGGCCAAGAAGUGGCCCAAGCGCAGGAGUCGUAGGCCUGGGCCACAGAGACCGCGCGCCCAGCACACCACACGGGGAGGCCGUGUGCAGGUGUCUCCGCAGCACUUAAGCUCAGGGCAGAAGCCCCUGGAGAGAACCCCAGCCAGCAGAGAAUUGUUACUUUAAAAAGGAUUUGGUUUUGGUUUUCCUACAAUCUGGGUGGAUAAAUGACCUGUGACAGUUGAUUUCUAUUCGCCAAAUGAAGGACGUUGACCAGCACUUAAGUUGGGAUAAGUGAACCUGUGUUCAGAGACUUAAAAAAAACAAAAACAAAACCACAACAGCAAAAAAGAAAGAGGACACUGGAAUAAAUUCUUCAGAAUUGCACUACUUGGUUUUUCUUUCAGUCCAAGUUUAGUGGGGCAGAGAGCCUUUCUCCUUCUAAAAUCUAAAACAAAAAACAAAAAAACAAAACAUGUUUUGUUUUUUCCUUUAAGUAUCUGCUAGAUAAUUUAGAUCACAUAGAAAGGCAUUGAUCUGUUACAUCUUAUAUUUGUAAAUUCUCUGUUGAGAAUCCAGAAUUGUCUUGUGUAGUCCUGUCACCCGUGUUAGGUUGACACCUGAGAAUGUUGAUGUUAAUGUUGAGCACAGCUGUUACCUUUGUUGGCAUUAAGAUUCAGAAAUAGGGUGAGAAGGUUUAAAAACAUGGAAACAAAAAUACCUAAAAAUACGCAAACAAGUUACACGUAAAACAUACGGAAACAAAAAACACAUAAAGGUCCAUCUUGAUCUUAUUUUAAUUGCUUUUGGUUCUCUGAUACUAGAAUGCUCCAUAGUGACAGUCCAGUUCAGAGAAGGCACAUUGUAUAAAUCCAAUUCUUGCUUUGAUAACUAUUAGGAUCUUGUUUUGUUUUGUGUUUGAAUUUCUUGCCGAGCUAGUCCCUUUAUAUGAAACAAUCCUUCCGCUCCUUUGGAGUAUAAAAACUAGUUCCAUAUAACCCAACUUCAGUGUCAAAAGUAGAGGGUCCAAAUCUUUGAGAACAGUGUGGGGGAAACUCCCAUCGGGAGCCAGGCAAGGAGGACUUGUCUGGGUAUUCUAAUGUGAAACAAACGUAGCUCGGUCUCCAGGAGGCCUAGGUGGAAGGUUGAUAGCAUCUGUACAUUUUGGAUAUCAUUAGAAUUCCCAGUUUUGGAAAUUUCGGAUCAAGGAUCACAUACUGCUUUGCCUUUUUUUUUUUUCCGGUGAAGAAAGACUCUUUCGCUGCUCUGUCAGCGGUGAUGACCACCGUAUGCACCUCAGGAAAUGCUGAGGUGAAGGGAGAGGCCGCCCAGCUUCCGCACACCAGCUAGCUUGCUAUCCUAAGUGAGUCCCAGGCGGACAACAGCGAAAUCCUUACGCAAAGUACGUUUUAUUACCGCUGGUACAUUUUACUGGGGGUGAUCUGGAAGAAUUCAUGUGGAUUCAGUAUGUUCUCCAUCCAGACGAUUCAGCCAGUAAUUUCUACAUUGCAGAGUCCUCUCCUUUAAAGGCUCAUAGAAAACUGGAUCCCGAGCUUUUAAUCCUAAUAAGCAUAGUAGAAAUUAGCUUUCUAUGGGAAUGCUUUAGUUUCCAUAGUUGACAGGCUCAUACUCAGUCCUCAUGUGAACAAGAUGAAGGUAAACACAGAGACAGCACAUACUGCCAGUUAGAGGACAUGUCGACCACACCCGCAGUGGGUGAUUUCUCACCAGUGGGUAUUAUUUGAACGAAACAUGAGAUGCUGAAGAUAAAAUGUUGCUCUGUAAUAGUCUACUUUUGAAGGAUGGAAUGGUAACUAUUGUUUUUCCAUCCUCCUUCUUUUUGAGAGAAGAAGGUAUGUCACGUGAUCCUCUUGAAGGUACGUUUCUGAUUGCACGCUGACUGGAGUGCUGUCUUUGUGUAUAUGGACCAAUGAUGAGAUUUGCAGGAUGAAGAUUCAGGACUAGCUCAUAGCCUUUCACCUAACUGGAUGUUGGAUCUUAAGUCCUGCGUCUCUGAAGUAAUUCUGCCACUCGAUAGAAUUCUCAAGGGUCCCCAACAGACUCCUUUAGAAGGACCGAUUCUGUUCCUAGAACUUACCUAGAAUUCGUUCUUCACUGGGAAGAAAAAUGACAAAAGCAUCUCCCUCCCAGUCUCACUCCCCAGUCUGCACAGUUACAUGUAGCGAGUACUACAAGGUCUGGCCAGAAGACUUGUAAAUAGCGUGAGGUGAUGUCUUAUGACCAAACAGUGGGAUGUACAGGUCGAGAAGCUCCCUGAAGCCGUCAGCUCAGCUCAGCUCACAAGCCUGAGUUUAAAAGGGUGCCAGUCUCCCCUCCACACGUUAAUACUGUACGGUCCAAACCCCUAGGACUCCUGAACAUCCGGGCAGAUUUGUGCUUUGAGCCACUUUUUGACAGAAAUGGCUCCAUUUUUCCACUCUGUGGUUUUCUUAAAAUAGUUCAGUGUUUUAUAGUCUGGUAGUAAAGUAGUGUUGCUUUCUAAGCUGCAACAGUUGACUUUAUUCUUCUACUCUGAAAAAUCUUGACUUGUUUGAGUGUAUAUAAUAUAUAUAAAGGGAGCCUUAAUGGAUUUGUUUUCAUAAUUUAAUAUUUUUUGUAUUUGCUCUUGUAUAAUUGUUUUUAAUGGAAAGUAUUACAGAACUGAGGGUGGAAUUCUUAGAACCAAAGUUAUUCUUAAUAAAAAUCACCACGCGCUUGGACCACG